AUAUAAAUAAGUCAACAGUAUAAUCUUAUUUUUAUCCAAACUAGGAUUCUGGAUAUUUCUCAUUCAUUGCGUAUGACCAUCUUGUUCUCUGUAUAUAUAUAUCGAUCCAAGCAUUCAGCUUGCAUUAUUACACUUUUAAAGUAAAAUCUUGGUUUUUCUCGAUCCAUACUCAAAAACCCCAUAUCCUUCGGCAAAUAUGAUGAAGCAAAGGAUUGUUUUGAAGAUGGAUAUGAGUGAGAAUGAGAAAUCAAUAAAGAAAGCUAUGAAAAUCGCAUCUGGAACAUCUGGUGUGAGAUCGGUCUCGAUUCAGGGACAGAACGAUCAGUUGGUUGUAUUGGGAGAAGGAAUUGACACGGCGGAGCUAACACGUGAGCUCCGGAAGAAGGUUUGUCACACGACCAUCGUCUCCGUUCAGGCCGCACCGCCGCCACCACCACAGCAGCAGCAGCCGCCACCGCAGCAGCAUCUUAUCGGACAUUACAACGAGAUGGCUCCGGCGAGACGAUGCAUAUGUGAGAUACCUAAUUCGGGCUACUGCGGAUUUUGUCGAUCUAUGAGUGGAGGAAACCCUUACCAGAUGAUAACACCGGUGAACUAUGGUGGUUACCGUGAUGAUCCUGAUGGUUGCAGAAUCAUGUGACUCAAACUUUGAGUGGUUUUUGUCGAGUUUGUUUUUGAGUCUAUUAUAUUGUUCUUAUCAUACUGUACCGUAGAUAGAAAUUUUUAAAAUUCGUGAUGCUGUAAUUGUUGUGACUUGUAGACUUGUGAGUUGUGACAGUGGAGUCAAGAAGUCAGAAAAAACAAAAUUCAUUAAACCCCCCAAAAAAAAGAAAAGUUAAAUUUAAC